AUGUUUAAAAAAUUUGAUAAAUUAAAAGAAAAAGUAUCAAGUGGAAUUUCAAACCUUGGUAAAGAAAAUAAUGAACCAACCUAUAUUAUUCAACCAGCAGAUGUUGCACAAUUAGUUGGAGGUUUUGUAAUUGGUUUUGGUUUAAAUGCUGAAAAUCAAUUAUCACAACCAUCACCAAAAUCAGAAUAUAAAAAUUUAGUUUCAAUUCCAUCAAGUUUUAAAUAUAACAUUUCAAAUGUUAGUCUUGGUAAUUCACAUUGUUUUUAUCAUACAAAGGAUGGUAAAUUCUUAUUUUCAGGUACAAAUAGAAAUGGUGAAUUUGGUACAGUUAGUGCAGGACAUGUUGAUGAACUUACACAAUUUAAUAGUUCAACACUUAAAUUUAAAGAGAUCAUUUGUGCACAACAACAUACUAUGUUUAUUGGUGUUGAUGGUAAACUUUAUGGUAGUGGUAAACCAGAGUUAUUGGGAAUGUCAACUGAUGAAGCAAAGAAAUCACCUACAUUAAUACCAGCAUUAUCACAACAUAAGAUUGCAUUAUAUGCAACCAGUAAUAAACAUUCAUUCGCUGUUACUGAGGAUGGUAUCUUAUUUGGUUGGGGUAAAAGUGACCUUUUAGGUAUUGGUAGUUUUGUAAAAGUAAAGAAAAUCACUGUCACAACUAAAGAACCAAUUGUAAUCGAUACAUGUUCUGCUUUCUUAUCUUUUAGAAUUAAAAGUAUUGCAUGUGGUGAAGAACAUACUAUUGCUUUAUUAGAAACUGGUGAUGUUUAUGGUUGGGGUCGUGGUGAUGAAGGUCAAUUAGGACAUGGUAUUAAAGAGAGUAGAGUAACACCAAUUUUAAUUGAAUCAGUUAAAUCAUUAAAUAUUAUUAGUGUUCAAUGUGGUUCAUAUAAUUCAUCAGUAUUAACAACAGAUAAGGAAUGUUAUAUUUGGGGUCAAUUUGGUGAAGAAUUAAUAAUGACACCACAACCAUUAUGUCCAGGUGGUUCAAGACAACCAUUAAAAGUUCAACAAAUUUCACAAAAUGGUUUCUAUAAUAUAGUGGUUACAUUAAGUGGUGAUAUCUAUCAUUUUGGUAUUGAUUAUAAAUUAUUUACAAAAUCAGCUUGGAUUCCAACCCUUUUGAAAAUUGAUGAUCCAUUAUUAAUGGGUAAAAGAGUUACACAAGUUGCAGCUUCUGCUGCUGGUUUUUAUAUGAUCGUUUAUGAUGGUACUCCAAUUUAUUAUCCAGAUAUUGAUUAUUCAAGAAAAGGUGCUAAACCAACUAAAACUUUAGCACCUCUACCUGAAUCACAAUAUUCAAAGAAUAAAGACGCCUUAUUCGGUGGUAAUAAACCUACAAAUUCAACAUAUUUAAAUAAAGAAAGAAAUAAAAAUAAUCCAACCACCACAACUACCACAACUUCAACUUCAAAUAAUUCAAGAAAUCAUCGUGAUAAUGAUGAAGAUGUUUUAUAA